AUGUCACUGCAGCUCAACAACAGCAUUUUCAGCAUGCUGAAUAUUAAACAUGCUGUCUCCAGUGCGUACCACCCCCAGACCAACGGGCAGGAUGAGAGGACCAACCAGAACAUCAAGCGUGCUCUCAGAAAGUACGUCAACCAGAACCAUGAUGACUGGGACGUUCACCUUGCUGCUGUGGUGUAUGGCAUCAACACCGCAAAGCAGCACUCCACCCGCCACAGUCCCUAUUUCAUGCUCUUCCACCGACAUCCACGUCUUCCCGCUGUGAUGAACGCCUGUCCCAUGGACGAUGACUUUGAGGUUGCAAACCCUGAAGAGGACAUCGACACAAGAGUUGAGGAGAUGACAGUUCUGAAUGAAACGGUUCUUCGCAACAUUGAGAGGGCACAGGACACCCAGAAGAAGACCUUUGGAACACGGAAAAGGAAGCAGGUGAUCCAAAAAGACGACGCAUUGGAGAUGCAUUAUCGAGCCAACACCAAGGACCAUCCACCAACUAAGAGGAAGUUUCUCCUGGACCACUCAUAUGGGACUCCUGAAUGCCAGAUUGAUCAUCAGUAUGCCAGUCCAGGAGCAAAGUGGCAGAAAGACUUGGACCCUCUUCAGUCCAGUCUGCUCGAAUAUGUUUUGGACCAAAACCGACCUCCAGGAGAACUCCUAGUGAAGGAAGACAACAUCUGCCUGACUCGGGAAGACUUUUGGAGCCUGGGUUUGGAACACUGCUUGGAAUCUAAUAUUGGGAAUGCUUGUCUGAAGAUUGUGGGCGAAGCUGCACAAAGACAUGUAAUCUGUUGUACUGGUAUAUUUUUUCUUCGGUUAAAGCCAUCAAUGGGAAAAGAUGUUCAUAUUGCUGACCUCUACGUCGUGGCCACCUGGAAGGAUCCACAAGUCAACCUGCUUCGUUGCUUGCCGGAAAACUUUAGGUCCAAGGACAUCCUGCUUUUUCCAGCUUGGAGCAGGCAGGCAUGUGAAGCUGACCAUUAUCUGCUCUGUUUCUUUCCUCAGCAGUACAAUGGAAAUUGCUGCGGCAUCUUUAUGCUGAUGGAGGACAUGCCAGCAAUUCGCCAGUGGUGGUGUAUUCAGCUGAUGGAGAGAUUCUGCAUUGAGGGGCUUGGACAGAGAUUCGCCUUCUGGACAGAAGAAGCAUCCCUUCUCCUCCAGGGAACUCUCCAGCCUGUCUUCAGGGUACCAAAGGCGACCUCCUCCAAGCCUUUACCAAGUCUAAUCAGACAGUUACCAGCAUGUGUCCUCAUCGACAUAUUGGAAGAGGUUGUUCUACACGAAGGGGAUACAGCCAUCUGCAAACUGGCUCUGGUGAGCUCCAUGUUCAGAGACCUUGUGUCUACUGAAUAUUUCAGAAGACGGGCACACUUCAAGUGGCUUCACAGCGUCUGCACAUGGAGCAGCUUCUCGGAAAAGUACAGAGAACAGUACUUUAACAUGUACACAAUUGAGAUCUGCCUUCAAUGUGGAGAUCAGUACAAACACUGCCCCCGAGGAUAUGUUGGAACAGUAUUGUUACAGUAA